AUGCAAUCGAAUGAUUACAAUGCAAGCAUCGAUAUUGCAGACAAAUAUGCGAGCCUACCACGUAGCUCAAGCGUACUUGAGCUCAUUACCAAUUUCGAACAAGGGGAGUUCAUGAAAAAAAACCUGAAUCCCAAGUAUCUAUCGAACAACUUGAGCAAAGCUUUGCUUGAGGAUCACCAUGCAGAGGGAGCAGCCGAAGGGAUCUGCGCGGCUGCGGUGAUGCACUGGCUUGACACCGGCACCGUCCCCUCUCCCACCGAGGCAAUGGCUGCAAAGCUAGCUCAAGUCCAAGGCUCCUUUGAUACAGACAAUGAGCGUGAUUACUUGAAAUGGUGCAGUAACCUGUCAGAUCCUUCCCAGACCCUCACGAGAGUCAAAGACAGUAAGGGCAUAGAUCUCGACGACACCCAAAAGUUCAUCAACUAUCUGCUUGACAGCUGGGGCAAGAUCAACACAAAGCUCAAGCUCUUUCUCAUCCUAUCUUUCAAACAAGGCGGCAAACCAUGUGCCCAUGCGGUUGGCUGGAACCUGGGGACCAGAAGCUUCUUCGAUCCCAAUUACGGCGUUUGGAAGGUCAACGCUCCUAAACCCAAAAAUAGCAUUUUGAAGAUCAUAACUUUUAGCAAUGACUCCGAUCCGGCCACAGUCAUCGCCUGUUCAAUUAUUGGCUUGGAUGAGAUUCGCAAGAAAUAUGGAGAUCCAGUCUCCGUUCAGGCUAUCACUUUCUAA